GAAAGCCCUUCUGUUAAUUUUUGAUUGGAGGUGAGGCAAUCAAGUGCUUAGGUCACACAAUUUAUAAGGGGGAACUCUCUCUUAGGUUCAGAUGGGUUGCUUGAACAAAUGUGAGAGUGCCUCCUUAAAUUUUGCAUCUUGGGCUCCACGCUAGCCUUAUUGCUGUCCACUCAGCAUUGACUAACUCUCUCAAAUUCUCUUCCCACUCUGGGUAGUAGGCCAGUCAUCUGUUAUGUCACUGUGGUCUCUACUCAGCACCCUGAUCUUGGGCCGUGGCUCUGUCCUCCUCCUUCUGGUCUACCUGUUUAGACUAAGUGUGCGGCUCUGGCAUAGGACUCAGCUUUGGGACCUCCAGCACUGCUCCACAGAUCUAACUGGGAAGACGGCAGUGGUGACUGGGGCCAACAGUGGUAUCGGAAGGGUUGUGUCCCAGGAGCUGGCCCGCCGUGGGGCCAGGGUGAUCCUUGCCUGCCGUAACCGAAAGCGUGGACAGCAAGCCUUGGCUGAGAUACAAGCAGCCUGUAAGGACGCCUGCCUUCUGCUCUGGGAUGUAGACAUGAGCUCUAUGGCCUCCAUCCGGAGCUUUGUCCGGUUGCUUCUACAAGAGUGUCCUGAGAUACACCUGCUGGUGAACAAUGCUGCAGUCUGUGGAAUCCCUACGACACUAACCCCAGAGGGCCUUGACCUCACCUUUGCCACCAAUUAUGUUGGGCCCUUUCUGCUCACAAAUCUACUGCAAGGAGCGCUACAACGGGCAGGGUCAGCUCGGGUGAUAAAUAUUUCUUCCGCUUGGCAAACACAUGGGUACUUUGAUGAGGAACAUCUGACAGGGGCUGGUGGACCUUUGACCUUCAACCAAAACUAUUACUGCAGCAAACUGCUUUUGACCUCAAUCACUGGGGAAUUUGCUCGGAGACUUCAAGGGACAGGUGUGACUGUGAAUUCUGUGGAACCAGGCUAUGUGUACACGGACAUCAUGAGGCAAUUACCGUGGUAUUUCCGCUUCUCCUUCUGGAUCUCCAGCUUCUUCAUUAAGGAUCCUAUAGAAGGUGCAAACCCAGUUCUCUACCUGAGCUUGGCAAAGGAGCUAGACGGUGUUUCUGGAAAAUAUUUUAGCAGUUCCUGUGUGAUAACUUCUCCCCCUGAAGCUGCUCAGGAUCCUCAGAUGGCCCAAAGCCUCUGGAAUACCUCAGUCAAACUAGCAAACCUAAACAAGACUGACUGAUCCUCUAAGACCCACAAUCUAGAGUUCUUCAACAUUAUUUCCUUUGAGUUUGUAUGCUUUUGUGCUUUAAUUAUAUUGCUAUUUUGUUAAUAUCACAAAUCAGAUAUAUUGCUAUUAUUUAUAGAGUUGAAAUUUGUGUAGCUUUACCUAUAUGUUUAAUAUUUUCUUUGUUCAUUCUUCUUUCUUGUGUCUCAGAUCUUCCAUCUGGGGUUAUUUUCCUUCUAUUCAAAGUACAUUCUUUAAAAGUCCCUUUAAUGAGGAUUUGUGGAAGACAGAAUUCUAAGAUGCCCCUAAGAUUCAUACCCUCUGUGUAUACAUUCUGUGUAAUCUUCUCCCCUUGAGUGUGAGCAGAACUAGUGAAUAUGAUGACAUUUCAUGCCUGUGAUUAUGUUAUAUACCUGAAAAGUGGGAUUUUGCUGAAGUAAUUAAAGUUCGUAAUCAGUUGG